AUGUUUUACUUCCGGGUCACGUGAGCACCGCUUCCCGGUUAUCAAGCUAGCGUGUUGUUAGCUGCCUCUUUGUCAUCGUCAUUAAUUCCUCCGACAUGGACAUCAAUUCCUUGGUCCCCAAGUGUGAUUAAUGAGGUUGCUGAAGAUUAUCGCUGAUUGUGACUGGAACAGAGGCAGAUGGAAAACUUCCCCUGGAAAGCGAACAGCUGUUGAGUCAUCAAGUUUGGAAUCCCCAGAGUUUCAUCAUCGAGCGCAACUGUCAUCAAUUCAGCACAUUAUCUAUGAUGUCGCUUCCCCAAGAGUCUGGGGAGAGAGGGAAGGAUCGCGAGAGAGGUGCCCGUCCAAAGGUGAGGCAGAGUCGAUCAGAAGAGAGGCGGGAUGCUGGUGGAGGGCGCAAAGGUGCAAAGGGGAAGAAGAAAGGUUUCUCAUCUCACGAGGCUGCAGUUGACCGGCCUGUCAGCGAUGGCUUCGAGUAUGGAGAACUUUUGGGCGACCUGGAGGCCAAGGACCAGUCCUCCCGCUCUCCUCUGAGGGAGAGCUGGAGGUGGCAGAAUAUGGACAGUACUGCGUCGUUGUUUGGUCAGGAAAUACUAACUGCAGGCCCUGGUCUGAGAACAGUCAGCUCUGCCACAGACUUAUCAAUGUCCAGUGAGGGUGAAGCCAGAGGCUCGAAUAGCAGUCGCACACUACGGCAAAAAAUACAGGAUGCGAUGGGACAGUGCUUCCCCAUCAAAACACACAGCACUGUAACACCGCCGUCUCCUCAGGCACUCUCACCCUCGACUCCCUGCACCUCCUCCAGGCGGAAAAUCCAUCUGAGUGAGUUGAUGUUGGACGACUGCCCGUUCCCUGUGGGAUCCGAGUUGGCUCAGAAGUGGUAUCUGAUCAAGCAGCACACAGCACCGAUCACCCAGCCCCCCAUCCUCGAUUCUGCAGUGGUAUGCAACGCCCCGGUGUCAGCCAAGGCAAUCGUCGUGGAGGACGUCGAUGACAAGUUGCGGGAGCGACGGCGUAUUAGCAUCGAGCAAGGUGUCGAGCCACCACCCAACGCAGAGAUCCACACUUUUGAGGUGACGGCUCAAAUGAACCCACUGUACAAGCACGGGCCGAAAGUAGCUCACGGGAUGAAUGAGUUGACAGGAAGUGACAGGGUCCAGCAGCAGCAGCAGCAGCUUCUUAUCCAGAGGCAGAAGCAGCACCAGCUCCUGCUGCAAAGUUGUCUGGACACUCUCGACGAGGUGGUGGCCUCUGCCUCAGGGACAUCCUCAGGUCACAACAGCAACCCAGAUCCUGAUCCACCGCUUGACUCCGAGGUGAAAGCUGCCAAGCUGCCCUCCAAUUCGAUGCUCUCUCAGACUGACCAUCAUAAUUCCCAGGACGGCUACAACAUCCACACUCAGAUCGACUACAUUCAUUGUUUAGUCCCAGACCUGCUGCAGAUCACCAACCUCCCAUGUUACUGGGGGGUCAUGGACCGUUACGAGGCUGAGACCCUGCUAGACGGCAAGCCUGAAGGAACUUUCCUCCUGCGUGACUCGGCGCAGGAAGACUACCUCUUCUCUGUUAGUUUCCGUCGGUAUGGCCGCUCGCUGCACGCUCGCAUCGAACAGUGGAACCACAACUUUAGCUUCGACGUGCACGACCCCAGCGUCUUCCAUGCCCCCACUGUGACUGGCCUGCUGGAGCACUACAAAGACCCCAACUCCUGCAUGUUCUUCGAGCCGUUGCUGUCCAACCCCAUCCAUCGCACACAACCCUUCAGUCUGCAGCACAUCAGCAGAGCGGUCAUCAGCAGCUGCACCACCUACGAUGGAAUCAACCUGCUGCCCAUUCCAAACACUCUGAAAAAGCACCUCAAAGAAUACCACUAUAAGCAGCGAGUACGAGUGCGGAGGAUGGAUACGUGGUGGGAGUGAAGGAAAACCUCUUAACCGCUUAAGCCUCUCAGAGUGUGCCUGCAGUUUUUAAAAAAUUUGACACAGAAUGUGUUGUGGCCUAAUAUGGCCGCCAUAUUCAGAAUUCAAUAGAGCCACUUUUAGCAUCACUUAGCAAAUGAAUUAACCACCCACCCCGACCCUCUUAUUCACACUUGCUCAACAUGUCACACUAACAUGAUUCUGCAUAACCAGCCAAUUAGGGAGGUGAACCUCCCCACUGAUGUCAGGGUAGUUUAAACUCUUAAUGUGUGAACUUGUCAUCUCGGAGUCAUUAAUUCCCAUGUAGGAUUUUGGUUUCUAAUGAAUUGAAUCACAGUUUUCUAAAUAGUUCCAUGCGCCGGCACCGUGGGAUUCCAGUUGUGUGUCCUGUUCUACUUCCUCUCAAGCUUCCUUGUGCCGUCCUCUCUUGCUUGAGCGUCUGACUAGUUCACUUGGACUGGAUUGGUUGCCGUUUGUGACAUGAAUCCUUGGAAAUGUAUCGAACUAUAGAAUAGCUCGAUGGGUUUGCGGCGGCCGACUCGCAGGGAACCCCAACUCUACACCCUCGACAUUAACAACAGUUCUGACCCUGGUAUGGAAAGUGCUUUCCACCUUUAUAUUCCAUCAUUUUAUUCCUGAAAAUGUGAUUCCUGCUUCUCUCUCUCUCAGCAGUGUCUUAGCAUGCUGCCUCUCUCUGAAUGACAUGUUCAGCAAGUGUCAAGAAUGGCUUCUUAAGCAUUUCCGAAAAAGGAAGUAAUUUGGGGGCUCACCUGGUGCUAAUCUUUUUUUUUUUAAUUCAGUGCUACUACGCCUCUUUCUGAGCUGACUCAUUCCUACAGCAGCUGAGCUAUGCAUUUUUUAGAAUCGAAAGUAUCAAAGCUGGAACACCAUUCAAAUCAUUUUUUUAUCGCAAAUUUUCAUCGUGAUCCUGGAUCCGGCAAAAGGGACCACUCGGCUUAAGUGGUUAAGACGUGCGCCUUGCCCGACUGAACAAAGAGUCCCGCUUGUCCUCCACUCCAGCAGCCUGUACUCACUGAUAAUGCACUGUCCUAAUUUAAUUUAUUUCCUGCUGUGUACGUUCUACAUGUCGUCUUGCACAAAGUUCUUUAUCCAAUCAUUAAACAUAUUUAUAUCUGCGCCGCUCACAGAGCUACAUCUCGUCGGCUUUUGUCUUCCCGAGUGCAAAUUCAUCGGCUUAAUUUUCUAAGGAGCAGCGCGAGAGUCCCACUGUGAAAGGAGAUGAUUAUAAUAGAGUUGUUCAUCAGUCGCCUGCCAGGGUGACGGGUCUCACAUUGACAAGCUCGGAUGCUGGGAAACGGAGGGGGCGAUGUUGUGGGAGGCGCUUGGAGCAUGGCAUGAUUUAUCCAUGUGCACAUUCUACCAGCCUGAAGGACGGGAUCGAGUACUCCAGCGAAGCAAUUCAACUAAGUAGCGAAGCAAGUUGAUGCUAUUGAACGUUUUCCUGAAAUCUUUCGGACUCACUCAGAUGUGUAGGACUCAUCGCACUUCUUGUCUAGUUAAAGGGACUCCAUGAGAAAACCUUCGGCAGACUGGAGCCAGCCGGUGCUGGGGGUCUUAUUAGUUUGCCGUGAAAGAUCACAUUUGGCCUUCGUGCACUUGUCAGCCAGCCACUUAUUAAUAUGCAAAUGUUGGAGGCCAGACAUAAGUGCGAUCGUGCUGCGCUGUCUUGACUAUACCCCUCCAUUGAUGUGAUAAAUCCCCUCAUGGGGCCCCGUCCUGGCGGGAUUCUCCUCUCAAUUUAAUCGUGAUAGGAAGUGUGAGGCCCUUCAAGGGUCAGGGUGAAGGAUUUAGUGGCGACCAAGUGGGAAGUGGAGGAUAACAACUCACGUUUGCGAUGCCUUUGUCGGAGAGCCCCGUAGCAGCCUUCAGUUCAAGGUAAUAGUGAGAUUUUAUCAGCUCAUCUGUUGCCAUGAUGCCUUUGUGCAACUGUAUUUUUUGAUUUCGUGCUCUGAUGUUCAACACGUCGAAGGUUAAAAGGAGUUGAAGCUGUGACCUUGUAAUUUGAAGUAAACAUCCUCAUGACCCCAUGCAGGAUUUAUAUGAUCAAAGAUGGUAAAUUCUAUCUUUUGCCAACAGUUAAUGGACAGAGGCGCCUCCUGCUGUGUGAUAUUCCAGCAGCUCAACGAAGAAACAGCGGGAGUCAACUAGAGCCGAACAAGUAUGCCAUAAGAAAUAGACUCCAGUCUUUCCGCGGUGCUUUAAAUUGAAUCAGAGACGGCAUUAGAAAAUCUGCAGAGAGUUGGUUCAUGUCAAGCCUUAAAAAAAAAACAAAAACGUAUUUAUAUAGCCUUUAAUCAGACGCUUGAGUGGACUUUACAAUGUCUGCAGACGGUGGCACUUUCUGUCCUUGUAACUUGUUAGCCAGAAACUUUGAACAGAAAUGUC